UAUACUGUAUAGUUUCGUGCACAGCGUCUGAAAUAGUUAAAGUCUGGUUAAGUCAAUUGCAAAGUGUAAUCUGAAGUAUCUUUGUUUUUUAUAUAUUGUGAAAAAUACAUUUAAUUUUUAAAAUAAAAGACAAAUGUUAGAAGAUUUAUUCUAUUGAAAAAUGUUUAGUACCAAAUCCUUUGACGUUGUGAGUUUCAAUUCGGAAUUGUCCACAAUAAAAUUGGAAUCAUCCGCAAAUGUUCAAACCACAGAAAUAGUUUAUACUGCUGAUGAUACGCAAACUACAGAUACAAGGAGCAUUGGGAUUCAAACAAUAAAGGAACAAAAAACAGAUAUACAAGUAGAUUAUGACAAAUUGGCAAAAUUUUUAAAAAAAGUUACGCCAGGAGUCCUCGAAGUCCUUGACGAAGCUUAUGGUAGCAAUGCUUUUGACGAUUAUAAUCCUAAUGUUGCGGAAGCUUCCUCUGCUAAUGUAGAAAUAUUGAAAAAAAUAAAUGCGUUGAAGGAAUCAGAUACUCAGCUCAAAAUAAGUGACCUAUCAUGGAGCACUGUUGGCGGUACAUUAGCAGUAGGCCUUAGCCAUAUCUAUCAUGAAGCAUGGUGUGAUCAUCUUUCCACAAUUCAAUUAUAUAAUUUGACAAUAGAGGAUAAUUUCACUGAUGCACCUAUCAAAACAUUAGAAACAAAUGGGUGUAUUUUAACAUUAAGUUAUCACCCAACAGAGCCCUCUAUUCUCGCAGCUGGAUUGUUUAAUUGGGAUGUAUUGGUUUGGAAUCUCAGAAAUGAUGAUUCUAUUACACCUACACAUGUAUGUACACAUGGUGAUUAUGUAUCUCAAGUAUAUUGGAAACCGAGAUCAGUGAACGAUGUGGCUCUAUUAUUAAGUUCGAGUAUAGAUGGAUAUAUACUAAUUCAUAAAUUGACAGCCAACUUUACAACCGUCCAAUUAUAUAAACGAUUCAAGAUAGUCAAAGAACGUAAUCCAGUGGAAAGUGCUAGGCCACGCAGCGCCGGAGGUACUCGCGAGCGCGCUGCAGAAGCAGGAUUGUGUAUCACGAGUUUCGAUUUUUCUCCAGCGCAUCCCAGUAUAUUUAUCGUUGGAACGCUAUGCGGUGGAAUCUAUAAAUGUAGUUUGGAUAGUGUAACUUCCAUCGAAGGAGAUACCACACUCAUAGAUCCCGUAAUCGAUGAAUAUGAAAGAUGCCUAGGUGGCAUUACCUGUAUCAAGUGCUCGCCGCUACAUAAUUUAUUUGUCAGCAGUACUACAGAUAAAGAAAUCCGUAUAUAUAAUCUUGACGAGCACGUCAGUCAGCACACCAUUUCUGCGGACAAUACAGUUGUGGGAUUAACAUGGAUGAUUGGCAAUCAAGACAUAUUUGCGGCAUACGGAGCGGAUGCGUAUAUAAAAUUUUACAACGUCACGGAUGCUAAACCCAUGACGUGUGCGAAAUUCGAAAUUACUGGUAAACAAUGCAUCAGCAGCUUAUGCGUCAAUUCUAAGAGAGAUAUUUUGGCUGUUGGAGAUGUUCAUGCAAACAUUGAAAUAUGGAAAUUUCCACGUCACUUGUUUUGAACAUAACUUUGUUCGAUGCCGAUUAUUUGCAAUAUUUGCUGAAUGGACUGACACUACUUCAUAUAUUCUAUAUUGCACAUGUAUAUAUACUCAUGUUUUAAUGCAAAAAUA